ACGAGGCGCUGUUGCUGAACACAUGGGUCGAUAUGUGGUGGUUUGAUGAGCAGUUACAGUGGGAUCCCACACAGUAUGGAAACAUUACCACUACACGCAUCCCAAGGAAUCUUCUCUGGUCGCCAGAUAUUAUCCUAUACAACAGUGUUUCUGGGUACAACCUGACGACCCUCUACAAUGGUCUUAGCUGGGUAACUUAUACCGGGGAGGUGUUCGCACCUGUCCCUACCAUCACCAAGAGUUCCUGCAAGAUGGACCUUUCAUAUUUUCCCUUUGAUGAUCAAAUCUGCCAUUUAAAAUUCGGCUCAUGGGCACAGGACAUGUACCUAAUGGACAUUCUUAACAUAACCACCGAGGUUUUGCUUGGGAGCGGGUACGUGGAAAACGGCGAAUGGGACAUCGUGGACACCGUAGCCCGGCGAAACGUUAUCUACUACGAUUGCUGUCCGGAGCCGUGGCCUGAUGUUACUUUUUACCUGCAGUUACGCAGAGGGUCUCUCUACUAUGGGUUCCAUGUUGUCAGCCCAUGCUUGCUGCUGUCGUUUCUGAGUCUGGUGAUAUUUAUUCUGCCAGUUCAGAGCGGAGAGAAAAUGACCUUGGGCAUGUCUGUUCUUGUGGCAUUUGCGGUCUUUGUUCUCCUGAUUGCUGACCAUAUACCAGCGACUUCAGAGUUCCCUCCUUUGAUAAGUAUCUACCUGACGAUCAUUAUGGUGAUGUGCUCAUUUUCCAUAGUUAUGUCAGCGUUUGUGUUAAAACUGCACCAUGACCAUGCAGACAACGGUGUCCCACCUGCAUGGAUAGCGAAAAUAUUUCAAAGAAGAAGUAAAAGAUGGUGUCUCGGAAGUGGAGACAAAUCGCCAAUGAAGAUAGCCCCGUUGACACAACAUGGCCAUGAAUUGGGAGAGAGCGAACAGACAAAACUGCCCUUUCGUAUCAGUGACACUGAAGAGAUCGACUUGGGUCAGGACGUGAAGACCAUACAAUCAAAACCAAAAGGUCGAAAAAUCGCUUUUACUGAUCAGGGCGAGCGUUCUUACAACAAUGCUGAAACAAAAAACACUCACGAAAACAACCCUGCUGUACACUGGCAAGAUGUUGCCUCCGGCUUGGACAGGUUUUUUACUUUACUAAUGGCUAUAAUAACAAUAAUUUGCGCCUUUGGGAUUCUGGUUUUUCUGCCCUUAUUUAAAAGCACUAAUCUCCAAGAUUUUUUAAACGGAGCUACAACAGGCACGUAGUGCAGCAAAAAAGUGUUGUUAUAGGACCAGUUUGAUUUUUAAAGUGUGUUAUAGCCUUGUUAGUGGACUUGGAAAAUAUUGAUAAGUUUAUUUGAAUCUUAUUUGCCUCGUAAAUGAUAAAACAAGGACCGUUUUUUGUGAUAUGAAACUCAUAAAGAAAAACCAGUAUUUUUAUUCCCCAUUUGGCAAGAUAUGCACGUUAAGAUAAGUAGCCUAGAUUUUAGAUUAGGAGAAAGCAUUUUGUCCUAAAAUUUUGCAGGUCAAAUGGUUAAGACAUAAUGACAUAAGUGUUGUAAAUCAAAUUACUUACACUUUCACUAAUUACAGAAAAC